UGGUUGGUUGUGAUUGUGUGGGAAUACUUCUGAAUCAGUUAUUCACUUACCGCAAAAAUGAGCGUUGUUACGUUGCCCAACGGCACAUCAAACCUCAGCAAAGAAGAAGUCAUAACCCUCGCCUCCUCCGCCGGCCUGAAGCUCAAAGAAGCCCACCUCUCCGACUGGGCCGCCCUCCUCGGCUCCUUGGACCCGAUAGUCAACAAAUAUCUCGAAGCCGAAGACUACACACUCCAACCAGACCUCACCAAAUAUCCUCGCACAAACAUCUCCAUCCCCUCGACCGCCGAAGAAUCUGAUCAAGGUGGUUGGGCCACCAAAGUCACCGUGUCCGCCACUUCGCCGACAUCAGAUUUACUCAAGGGCAAAACUGUGGCAAUCAAAGAUAACAUUGCUCUCGCAGGAGUACGAUGUACAAAUGGAACAGAAGCAGUGACCUGGACACCUCAAAUUGACGCACCCAUCGUAACUCGCAUUCUCGACGCCGGAGGAAUCAUCAAUGGCAAAGCCGCGUGUGAAAACGGUUGUAUGGAAGGAAUCAGUGAUACCUCUUGUACAGGAAAUGUCCACAAUCCUUUUGCGCCGGGCUACUCGUGUGGAGGAUCGAGUUCGGGGAGUGGAAGGGUGGUGGCGAGUGGGCAGGCGGAAAUGUCGAUUGGAUGUGAUCAGGGAGGUUCCAUUCGUAUUCCCGCGAGUAUGUGUGGUCUGGUGGGAUUGAAGCCGACGUGGGGGUUGGUGCCGUAUACGGGGAUUUUGAGUCUUGAAGGGACGAUUGAUCAUGCGGGACCGAUUGCGAAGACGGUGAGGGAUUGUGCCGUGUUGUUGGAGGCCAUUGCUGGUCCGGAUGGUAUUGAUGAUCGGCAGCCGGCAUAUUUUCCGGAAAAGUCGUUGGAGUUUACUUUGGGGCUGGACGAGUUUGUUGCUGCUGCUGCGGGAAAAGAGAAGCCACUGGCGGGUGUGAAGGUGGGCGUGUUGGAGGAAGGCUACCAGAUUCAUGGCAUGUGUGACAGUGUUUCGACAUUGUGUAAAGCUGCUGUGGAACAUCUGGCUACUCUCGGUGCAGAGAUCAAGUCCGUCUCUAUUCCUCUGCAUCUCAGCGCAGCGGAAAUCUGGAUGAUCAGUCUUCCCCUAUCCGGCACCAAGACGGCCCUUCUCGGCGUGACCGAAGGUCGCAAGACACUCCAUAUGCUCGACCGUGCACCAGUGGAAAAGCUGUCGGAUGAACAGUUCCAGAAACUGGGCCCGGGAGCACAAAACUUGUACAUGCGAUAUCUGUACAUGAAAGAGAAAUGGGGAGCUCAAGUCCACGCCAAGUCCCACAAUCUACUGCGAAAGAUCAACGAUGCGUAUGAUGCAGUGUUGGCGGAUGUGGAUGUGCUCAUCAUGCCCACUCUGCCCUCUCCCGCGUGCAAGCUGUUUGACCAGCCGAAUGAACAUGGACCGUUGGAGAGAAUGAGUCGCAAUGUCGGAAUGGUGGGCAAUACUGCUCCUUUCAACAGUACAGGGCAUCCUGCUCUCACUGUGCCGGUCGGCUUUGUUCCCGCUCUCGAAGACGAGAGUGUGAAGUUGCCUGCGGGUUUGCAGAUUGUCGGACGCAAAUUCAAGGAUCUCGACUGUCUCAAGGUUGGAGCAGCGUGGGAAAGUAGUGUCGAUUGGAAGACUUUUGGUAGCAAAUGAUGAGGGCCCUGGGUAGUUUGGUAGCCUACGGAAUCAUCAGGUCAGCUUUUCG